UUCCCGCAAACGGUCACCCUAAAUAAAUAAAUGACAAUUUGAAGCGUAAAAUAAGCCAUAAAAAUUCGAUGAAACGCUCGAUUUGUGAAUCGUGCACCCACCAGUGAGUGGGCAAAGUGCGGCAGCCGACGAGACAGCCACCAGGAGCCUCGUACCCCGCCGAGCAGUGGAUCGGUGCUCGCCAGUCGCGCCGAGGAACUACAGCAACAAUUGUUAUUUUUCGCCCCACGAUUUUCAGGGGGUGGGGGGCUAGGAACAUCAGCCCCUUCGGUUUCUAAUUGAAUUAAAUAGAAGGGGCAGAGUGGCAAUAGCACCCAGGUCAGUCCAACAAGACGCAGGCAGCAGAGCAAUGGUCUUUAUCCGGGAUCCCUGUGGCAUCGCCUGCCUGGUGGUCACCUACGGAGCAGUUCUGUACGCUGACUAUGUGGUCAUCCGCUGGAUCAUUCUGACCACCAUGCCGGGCAGUCUCUGGAUGUCCUUUCAUGUGGUGCUCUUCAACACCGUCGUCUUCCUGUUGGCCAUGUCCCACUCCAAGGCCGUGUUCUCCGAUCCAGGCACUGUGCCGCUGCCCGCCAACCGUCUGGACUUCUCCGACCUGCACACGACCAACAAAAACAAUCCUCCGCCCGGUAAUGGACACAGCAGCGAGUGGACCGUGUGCACCCGCUGCGAAACAUACAGGCCGCCGCGCGCCCACCAUUGUCGCAUCUGCAAGCGGUGCAUCCGGCGCAUGGAUCACCACUGUCCCUGGAUCAACAACUGUGUGGGCGAGCGCAACCAGAAGUACUUCCUGCAGUUUCUCAUCUACGUGGCGCUGCUGUCGCUCUACUCCAUUGCCCUUAUCGUCGGUUCCUGGGUGUGGCCCUGCGAGGAGUGCAGCCAGAACGUGAUCGAAACCCAGUUGCGAAUGAUUCACUCGGUUAUCCUAAUGCUGGUGUCGGCGCUGUUCGGCCUGUUCGUUACGGCCAUCAUGGUGGACCAGCUGCACGCGAUUCUGUACGACGAGACGGCCGUGGAGGCGAUACAGCAGAAGGGCACCUACCGGCCCAAUCGGCGCAAGUACCAGCUGCUGGCGGAUGUGUUCGGACGCGGACAUCCCGCGCUGUGGCUGCUGCCCUGCACCAGUCUGAAUCACGCCUCCCGCUACCACGAUACGCCUCUACUGAGCCACGAGGUCUAGGGUCAGGAAAUAUUCUUUAUAUUUUGUCCUUGCGUUUGCUGUGCGGCUAGAAGAGCCCCCGAGUGUUUUUAGUUUUUAAUCAAUGUGUGUGUGAUUAUUUUUAAACGACCCAUCCCCCCGCCCGCAGCCAGUCAAAUUGAAUCGUAUUUCGUAUUGUGUAUUAUAUGCAGAUUCCAACUUAAUUUAUGCUUUAGUUUAUAAUCUUUUAAAAUUAUAAAUACAUAGAAGCAGCAGCGUCGCGGCCAACACGAGCAUACUCAAAAUGAACACGGCUAUUUUGUAAGGAACUUUUGUGCAGCUGCUUGUUUUAGAAUGCUGCGUUGAUUAUUUGUACACCGAUGCAUUCUUCGGCCACCCGGGGUAUUUUUUACCAGUAUCCAAGUAAGCAGCACCUUCUAGUUUGAGACGUAGAUAAAUCUCAACUGUAUACAAUACUACAUAGCAAUAUGUACCGAGCUAGGAACUAAGUCCUUAUUAAAAGCAUUUACGAUAUACCCGAAGAAUGACGCAUAUACCAAAAAAUAAAACUGAGAUCAAACCACUCAAAUGCAGAAUACUGUGCAGCAUUAGUUUGUAAUAAUUGUAAUCACCGUUUUGUUUUGUAGUUUAUUGUUCUUUUGACAUUUACGACCAUCGACCAGCGCACCAAGAAGAUUUUAAAUGUAACACAUCAGCAGUUUGUGUCCCUAGAAACCCAGAACUGUUCCCAAUAAAGCUAACCGAUAUGCAUAAGUAA